ACGCAUCCGCUUUUGUUUCUGCACCUUUGCUGUCUUUCUCUUCUAUAAAUGUACAUUCUCUUCUUUCUGUGAAACAGGUGAAGUUUAUGUACUCGACGAUGGCGGGGAAGUGGAUCUGGAUUUAGGUAAUUACGAACGUUUCCUGGACAUCACUCUUCACAAGGACAAUAACAUAACGACUGGAAAAAUUUAUCAGUACGUUAUUACGAACGAGAGACGAGGAGACUACUUAGGCAAAACAGUACAAGUGGUGCCCUAUAUCACCGAUGCUAUUCAGGAAUGGGUGGAAAAAAUCGCGAAUCAAUCUGUAACAAAAGAUGGAGCUAUACCAGAGGUGUGCAUAGUGGAAUUAGGAGGGACAAUAGGGGAUAUAGAUGGAAUGCCGUUUGUAGAAGCAUUCAGACAAUUUCAACGUAGAGUGAACAGAGAAAACUUUUGCGUGGCCCAUGUGUCUUUAGUGCCGCAGCCAAAAUCGACGGGUGAACACAAGACCAAGCCGACGCAAUCUAGUGUCAGAGAGCUACGAGGAUUAGGUUUGUCGCCCGAUCUUAUAGUCUGUAGGUCGGAAAACCCCAUUGGCGAUUCCGUCAAAGAGAAAAUUUCAAAAUUCUGCGAUGUGGCCCCGGAGCAGGUUAUAACUAUUCACGAUUUAACAUCUAUAUAUCGAGUGCCACUUCUUAUGGAAUAUCAAGGUGUCAUAGAAUUCCUCAAUGAUCGAUUGCAACUGAAUAUCGGAGUGCCGCGUCCGCGUUGCUUUAUGCGAAAAUGGCGGGAUCUAGCUGAACGC